AUGUCAAAAAAAAAAAUAUUGAUAAGAAUUUCUAAAUUUAUAGGCAACAAUCACAACAAAGACCAAUUCAAUUUCGCUAUUCAGUUAAAUGAGCGUGACCAAGAGUUUGAACAGCUAAAACAACAACUUAUUGACUUAUCUAAUUUACUUUUUCCCAACCAAUCUUAUAAUUUCACCCUAUUUAAAGAAGAAGUCUCCCGUCUUAAACGCCAAGAUUUAACUCUACAAGUCAAAGAACAAAAAGAGCAACUAGAGCAGCUAAUCACCAACACUAAAACCCAAGCUGAUAAUCUGGAAUACGUAGUCGAUCUACUUCUGAAAAUCCAAAAGCAAAUCAGCAAAAUUAAAUCUGAAAGUAAUGAUUAUUAUCAUCUACAAGGACAAUUAACUGCCUUUUAG